CUGAGGCGGGUGGGUGUAACAGGCGGGCGCGCCUCUCACAUAAACGCGAGGACGCCUCCCUCAAUCUUCACUCGGCUCACUCACCUCCCUCCACUCCACUGCAAGAUGGCUUUCUACGGCUCAAGCUCAAAGCCCCGACCCCGGUCUGCGUACGGUGAAAAUGGGAGCCCACAAACGGAGAGGGAACGGUCCGACGCCAUCCAGGGCACAAAGUUCCGCACCUCGGUGAAGGAUGAUACAAGCUGGAUCAACCGUGCCGGUGGACUCAACGAGGGCGAGGGCGAAGAGCCGGGGCUGAUAGACUUCGGCGACAAACAUCCGACCUCGCCGCUCUCCCCGACGCACAGAGGCACCAGCCGCUCGUCGAGCCAACAGCAGGAGUGGGAUGAGUUGGAGUCUCACGCCGCGCCAACAAAGGGAGCCAGGGACUCGUCCGGCGGCGGAUUGCGGUCGUCGACGCAGAAGUGGGACAGCGCGGGACCCGAGGGAUCUUCGUCUUUCUCCCGCGUGGAGAUCACCGAGACGGAGACGCGGCGAGGCGGCCGCAGUGAGCCGUCUGGACCCCCGCCACCUGUCCCUCGCAGCCGCUACUCCGGCAGCGGAGGUCAGAGCGGAGGUCAGAGCGGAGGUCAGAGCGGAGGUCAGAGCGGAGGUCAGAGCGGAGGUCAGAGCGACGUCAGCAAUUCAAAGGAUACGUCUGUCACCCGCACUCGCUUCAGCAGGCCCGCAUCGUCGUCAUCGUCGUCAUCGUCGAUUAAUGAGCAAAUCAACGUGACCGAGAGGAAAGAGGUGUACAGCACCAAGUCUGAGCUGCAGGAGACCGUGUCCACCGACAGCAACAAGGAGAACCUCUGGGAGAAUGCAUGGCGCCGGUGCUCGCGAUGCAACCACGCGCUUGGCAAGAGAGCCAACUCCUACAUCCUGGACUACCUGGGCCUCUACUACCACGAGGCCUGCUUCAAGUGCGACGGCUGUGACGCGGACCUGGGCCACAUGGGCGGCGGGGGCACGCUGCACAUCGUGGCCAAGCACGUCAACUGCGACACGUGCUACCAGAAGAGCCUGCGCUCCGGCUCAGGGCGCUAGUGGCCUCAAGGGUGGUGGCGGCGGCUGGGGUGUCGAAGUGUAGAACGAACGUGACUGGAAACACCCCCCCCCACAUCCUCCCCCCUCCCACCUACCCCACAAAAGCAGAGAAGAAGCAAACUUCAAUCCCAACCCACAGCACACGCAGCUACCCAGACAAGCUGGACACCAACACACCACACACACAGCAGCAGCAAAGCAGAGCCUCACAACAACCGCUAUAGCCACGUCCAGGCUUUAAUUUCUCACUCAUUAUUGUCCAGGUCGCCGAUAGACCGGAGUGGAUGGUAUGUGACUAGUAAGUAGCAAGUAAUAAUAAUAAUAAUAAGCACGUAUGGUACCCGCGCCAUUCUCAUAGCACAAGGCUAUCUCGAAGGCGCUGUGCUUGACAGACGAGUAUGGUCUGUCGCGAGAAGGCAAUAUCGCCGUGUGGUUUUUACCCAAUUUAGGUAAUUUGCGGAUGCUUUUUCAAAUUUGGCAAAUUUGGGCACGCAUGUCCUGCUCUUUUCGAAUAACGCCAUAGGUUCCAUAAGGGCCCACUGUGAAACAGAUGGCUCGUAGUUUUGGUUAAUACGCUCGCAGUAUUAACCAGGGCAGCUGCCAGGCUCCUUAAUACUGGAUGUGUUGCGCCGGAUGCAAGCAAUGUUCUCCUGGUCACCGACCCGGCCGCGACAAUGAAGCCCUUGUCUACGUUACACAAGUUAACACAGGCCCGCAGCAUGAAAAGUAUUCACACCGCUCUGCAUUAUGGGACAAACUAUAGAAUGUGUUCUUGUUUAUUUUUUGUAACAAACGAAUCUAUAUCCCAUUAAUGAGCUAAGUUUUUCACGACUGGGGUUGUUUUUCGUGUCAGUAUGGUUGUGGGUAGCGACGUAAUAUUUGCUUUAAUGCUUUUUAAGGAUUGAGCAGGUCUUGGUGUUGACACGGGACAAAUGGCAGCACUUAAUUGCAUUCUUAAUUAUGUUAGUUAGCACGUUGCCUCAGCGCGGAACACAAUUUACUCUUAAAUAAAGACACUACCGGCCAGCUGUCUGCUGCGUAGGUUUUCGCACCCGUGCCGUACGGCCCUCUGACGUGUGUUUUCUGGGCUGCGCCGCUCACGCGUUCGGCACGUUGAUGCCCGACGUUUCCCUUGCGGCUGCUCGGAGCAUUUUCCAGCACGCGGAGCAAAACGGCGGACAUCGAAGGAGCACGUCGGAGAGCCAGGUUCCUGCGAGUGCUUCUCUUAAAGCCCAAGCAACAAGGUCACUCUCUGGGUCUCGUCGGCAGGAUUCGGCCCGUUAAACAAACGCCUCUGGAUCGCCUGCUGUUAUAGACGAUAGCAUUUUACCAACACUGUGGGGACCGUUAAGCACAGCCGGAUGAGGGCCUCCCGACACCGGUUCUCCGGAGGGGGGGGGGGGGGGGGGGGGGUUUAUUUGACCGCACUUUACCGCGCAGAUUUGGUGAUCCCCAAAACCUCUAACAACCUGUUAUGUGUCAUGGGCACCCAUCCAAGUGCUCUGGUUGCGGGUAAUUAAAUAGCGAAUAUACAUGGGAAUAUCGGUUUCAUAAAUAUGACAGUGGACAGUGACUUGUCUCUGUGGAGGUGAACUGUCAUUUGCAAUACUACACUCACACCCUAGGCAGGAUUUGAUCUUGUCACUUUAAGGUCAGGAGCCAGCUGCCUAUCAAAAAAGCCACAUUAUCCAAUGCAAUGCUCUUGUGAAUAAAUAAGUCCAAUAGACGUUUUUCGGGAAUAUUUAUCGUAUUUGCACAGCAUAUUAUACCGGGUUGUUUACGCGGUUUGUGUGAGUUGUCUUUCUUACGUUGCGAUCACACCUGCCUAGUAAGCUGAUACAUUUUUUUUCCAAUCACUUGUCCUAAAAGAUUCUGUGACGAUAGUGUCUCAAGCACCCACAUUUCUAAACAUUGGCCUCACCAUCGCCGUCAACCAUUGUUUAUCCACUCCUGGAUGAAGACCUAUCCACACUGUCGUCAUCCGUCAAAUCUUAAAACGCCACAAUCCAACUCACUCUCGCACGUGACCUGUGAUCUCAUUGUUCCAUCUCCAUGCUGGUCAUCCUCUCGGGCACGUGAUCCCGUUUUGUUUCUCUCGCUCUCUCAAUCCAUCAGCAGUUAAGUCGAUUAACCGUCAUCCAUUCUGGCCACGAUGUGUCCUGCCCAGGGCCAUUUUGCUUUCCUUAAAAGUCAAUGUCUCGAAUGUGUGUUCUAUGCUACAUGUGUUCCUGUCCGUCUCUCUCAGUGUAGUAGUGUAGUCCAAUUCAUGCACUUUUUCAUCCUUCUUUAUACACUUUUCAGGCUUUGUUCCAUUUUAUUUCUUCACGAUUCCAAUUCAGAUAUCAUCGUGGGUAAUUUGCACUGAUUUAAGCCCAUUCUAGUUCGGGUAAAUUUGUACACUAAUAUUCAUUAUCAAGCUCGGCAUUCCAAAAUAACUCUCAUGAAUUCCAGAGACCCAUCAAGGCUAUCGCCCUGCGUCGUACUGGCAGAGGUUACGCAAAAUGUAUGGACAGCGAAGAUGAAUGCAGAUUACGUUGACAGGGGUGAUUGCUGCGUAAACCUAUGGAAGGGAAAUAGGUUGAACGUGGUGUUUGGUUGGUCACGUUAUACGUGGGAUUAACAGAUAAUAGCUUUGACUAAAGGGUUACAAGCUACAGAACUUUGGACACUAGUAAUUGCUCCGGCGUAGUAUUGUUUGUUAGGAUUUCAAGUCCUCUAUUUGUACUGCAUUUGCAUGUUUUAUGGUUUGAAAAUAAACAUUUAGCCACGGUU